AUGCAGACUCGUCUCCUCGCUCGUGAAACAGGCGACCUACGAGCCCAAGACUUCGCUCGCAGCGUCGCGAGCGACCUCAUCCACACCUUUGCGCCUGCGCCACAACAUCGCUUCAAUGGAGAUAUUCUAACCUCGCAAGGGCUGACGCGAGGCAACCCGCCCCCUGUUGUCGAAGAGAGAGCACAUAAUAUCCGCGCGCACGGCGCCGGUGUCAGCGCCCUCGAUGUCGACAAGUUUGACGGACGCCUCAUGAUAUCAGGCGGCGCCGACGGCUCCAUCAAGAUCUGGGACCUGGAAAGCGCGCCGAGCCCUCACACACUACACACUUUCAAGCCCGCAUUGGCAAUUGCGCGCUCGACACAAGAUGCGCGUAGCAGCAGUAAUAGGGGUCAUAGUCACGGCGUCACGCAUCUGGCGUUCUAUCCAUUCGACUCUGGCGCGUUCUUGUCCAGCUCGUUCGACAAGACGUUGAAGUUGUGGUCAACGCCGCGUGCGGCCUUGUCAGCCGAGUUCCCUCUGAAUGCCACGAUUUACUCGCACUCAAUGAGUCCCGUGGCGGAUCAUUUGCUCGUGGCAUGCGCUACUCAGCAUUCCAAUGUGCGACUGGUCGACCUGAAAUCUGGUGCCGCCGUGCAAGCGCUCGUGGCACAUGGAGGGCCGGUUCUCAGCACAACCUGGAGCCCGCAACACGAGCAUAUACUCGCCAGUGGCCAUGCCGAUGGCAAAGUGCGCAUAUGGGACAUUCGGCGUGCAGGGGGCGUCGUCGCUCAGCUUGACCAGGAAGACUCGCUUGGCGUUGUUCAUCGAUUCACGCUCGCAGCGGCGAAUGGUGCCGACUGGACUCGCCACCCGCACUUCCGCGCCUCGGCCCAGGCCCACGAUGAGGCGGUCAAUUGCAUCAAGUGGACAGACGAUGGCAGAUACAUUGUCACCGCCGGCUUGGAUCGCAAAAUUCGAGUCUGGGACGCUGACACAGGCGCGAAUACCCUCGCCAGCUUUGGAUCGCUUAUCCAAAACCAGCACCCUAAAACAGCAAACAUGCUUCUGUCACCGUCCGGUCUCUGUAGUACAGGCGAUGUCCUCGUCUGGGCUAACGAUCAGGAGAUGCUGUUGCUGAACAUGCAUGACGGUACCAUCAUCACACGCCUGCGUAGCCCCGGUUUGGCAAACCCCGUUGGUCCGCGCAGCGCUGAGAUUGGCCGAAAUAGGAUCGCGACCAUGGCUUGGCGAGGUGCCGGCGGAAGUGGCUGUCGUUCACUUGGGCCUGUCAUGGGUGGCGCGCAGUCGCUGGGUACAAUCUACAGUGCUCACUUGGAUGGCCAUAUACGUACCUGGAUGAUGACGAUACCGGACCCUGACGAUGUUGACGAUGUUGAGGAGGUGGAUCAAAAUCUCGAGGUGCGCAUACGUAAACGCAAGGCAGUAGACGAUGCAUACAGAAGCCUCAUGGGGAAAAAUAUUACCUUUUCAUGA